AUGAGCACCCCUAGCGUAGAAAAGGCCAUGGCUCUUGCCGCUAGCACGCUCAUGGAGAACUCUGGCUUAGAAGGCACUCCCAUGCUCUAUCAUCAGACAGAUACCCUUCUGGAAUAUCAUCCCUAUGAUUUGCCAUUUUGUGUCACUCAUCAUGCCCCAUUCCAUCGGCAUUUCUCUGAGGUUUUCUCUGAGGAAUUGGCUGCUCACGCGUACGGGGAUGCAGGUAAGGCGGAGCACCUGGCACGAAAGCAAGAAAUAGGGUUAAAGCUUCUCAAGCGCCGGGGAGAUGGCCACGUGCUGCAAAUUUCACGUUUACAGAGGAAGCUUCUCUUGUCUUACGGGGUGAACGCAGCGAAGAUCAGGGAGAUAUGUCCUUCCAUCCAACUCUCUAAUCCAAGCUACCAUGUCGAGAGCGAAAUUGCAGAGAUGUUCAACACCGACCGGAUUACGCUGUUCACGGCAGUUGCUCGAGUUGAUUACUUCAAGAAUGUUGAUCUCCUCGUUGAUGCAGCGGUAGCUUUGUGGUCACAGAAUGUCGCUGUGAGACUGUUUAUCGCCGGAGGUGCCAGCAUGGACAGCGUCGAGCUCCACGAACUGAGCAAGAAAGUUCCCAGACAGUUCGCUCAGUAUGCAACUUUCAGAUCCAAAUUAUCUCGAACAUCACUUCAUGCUCUGCUCCGCCUUGCAAAGGAUAGGGGGGUUUUCAUCUGUACCUCUCGCUAUGAGACACUGGGAGUCACACCCUUGGGGGCAGCCCUAAGCGGGGUGACCACGCUCAUCGCCGAUUCUGGUCACGUUGAGGCGUCAAGGUAUUUUCCAGAGAGAUAUCGUUUUCGGCCAGUCAAAGAGGAACUAUGUCAAGUGAUUUCACACUUACAAAGUCGAAAUUUGGCGUCCUUGGGAGAGGUGCUUCGAUGCCAUGUGGAAGCCCAGGUCUCCGAUCAACGAUUCCAGAUGGACUUAUACAGCAACUUGUUCGUCUUCAUAUUGGUCUGUUCUGCCGGAGGAUCACUGAGUGCUGAGGCCAAAAUCAGGCCCUCUAUUCAUUUUAUCCGCGAGGAAUGGUAG